AUGAGCCAGAGCAGCCGGGCCGGGAAGAGGACACUCAUGCUCCCCGAGAUCGCCGCCGCCGUGGGUUUCCUGUCCGGGCUCCUGCGGACGCGGGGCUGCGUGAGCGAGCAGCGGCUCAAGGUGUUCAGCGGGGCGCUCCAGGAGGCGCUCGCAGAGCACUACAAACACCACUGGUUCCCGGAGAAGCCUUCCAAGGGCUCCGGCUACCGCUGCAUCCGCAUCAACCACAAGAUGGACCCCAUCCUCAGCAAGGUGGCCAGCCAGAUCGGACUCAGCCAGCCCCAGCUGCACCGGCUGCUGCCCCGCGAGCUCACCCUGUGGGUGGACCCCUACGAGGUGUCCUACCGCAUCGGGGAGGACGGCUCCAUCUGCGUCCUGUACGAGGAGGCCCCGCUGGUAGCCUCCUACGGGCUCCUCACCUGCAAGAACCAAAUGCUGCUGGGCAGGACCAGCCCCCCCAAGAACUACGUGAUGGCCGUCUCCAGCUAG